CCCCCCCGCCUCCGCCGCGGCCCUCCCACCGCGGCUCUGCCCGCCCUCCGCCGCGCCGGGCGCGGGAGCGGCGCUGCGCUGCGGCGGGGCCGGGGGCCGGGGGCCGGCGGGCGGCGAGCGCUGCCGCCGUGCCGCGGCUGGGGGCCAUGCCGCCGCGCCGCCCGCCCGCCGCGCCGCCCCGCCGCCCGCCCGGAGACCGGCGAGGCAGCGCCCGGCGGCGGGCGGGAUAAUGCAGCUGCCCAGCCCGCAGGCACCGCCAGCGGGGCGCCCCCGCCGCCGCCAUGUCCCCCCCGGCCUCGGCGGCCGCCGCCAGCGAGGGAGGCAGCAGCACGCCGGUGCCUCCGGAGGAGGAGGCGGAGGGGGCCCGAGAGGAGCAGCGGCCGGUGAAGCAGUCUCUCAGCAAGUCCCUGUGCCGAGAGUCCCACUGGAAAUGCCUGCUGCUGUCCCUCCUCAUGUAUGGCUGCAUGGGAGCCAUGACCUGGUGCCACGUCACCAAGGUGACUCGGCUGACCUUUGACAGCGCUUACAAGGGCAAGUCCAUGAUGUACCACGACAGCCCCUGUUCCAACGGCUACGUCUACAUCCCCUUGGCCUUCCUGGUGAUGCUCUAUGUGGUGUACCUGGUGGAGUGCUGGCACUGCUACACCCGCAAUGAGCUGCAGUACAAAGUGGACGUGGAGAGCGUGCACGAGCGUGUGCAGCGGAUGCAGCAGGCAACCCCCUGCAUCUGGUGGAAGGCCAUCAGCUACCACUACGUCCGCAGGACCCGACAGGUUACCCGCUACCGCAACGGGGACGCCUACACCACCACCCAAGUGUAUCAUGAGCGAGUCAACACCCACGUGGCAGAGGCUGAGUUUGAUUAUUCCAACUGUGGAGUUAAGGACAUCUCCAAGGACCUCAUUGACCUGGAGAGCUACCCAGCCACGCGGCUCCGCUUCACCAAGUGUUUCAGCUUUGCCAACGUGGAGUCGGAGAACUCCUACCUGACCCAGCGGGCCCGCUUCUUCACAGAGAACGAGGGCCUAGAUGACUACAUGGAGGCCAGGGAGGGGAUGCACCUCAAAAAUGUGGACUUCAAGGAAUACAUGGUGGCCUUUUCCGACCCAGACAACCUGCCUUGGUACGUAUCCCACUAUGUCUUCUGGGUGGCGGCUCUGCUGACCCUAUCCUGGCCCCUGCGGGUGCUAAACGAAUACCGCACCUCCUACGUCCAUUACCACGUAGAAAAACUCUUUGGGUUUGACUACGUGGCGGUGACGCCGGCCGAAGAACGUUCCUUCUGCCGGAGGAUGCCCCGCGUCAACACGGUGGACAGCACCGAGCUGGAGUGGCACAUCCGAUCCAACCAGCAGCUGGUGCCCAGCUACUCGGAAGCGGUCCUGAUGGACUUGGUGGGGCUCUCCGGCUGCACCAGCUACUCCGCUUGCCGGUAUGGGGGGUACCGGCAGAACUGUGAGCGGUGCCACAGGACUAUAAGCAGCUCCUCCAUCUUCUCCCGCAGUGCCCUGAGCAUCUGCAAUGGCAGCCCCAGGAUCCCCUUCAGCAGCAGCCGCUUCUCCCUGGGCCGCCUGUAUGGCUCACGACGCAGUUGCCUCUGGCAGAGCCGGAGCGGGAGCCUGAAUGAGCAAAGCUGCCCCACCGAGCAGACCCGCCUCUCCAGCCAGGUGACUGUGGAGGAGGAAGACCCCCCUCCUUACCAGGAUGCCCUCUACUUCCCCAUCCUCAUUGUGCACCGCAACGAAGGCUGCCUGAACCACGACCACCGUCACCUCCACCGCAAUGGGUCCUGUGUGGAGACCUCACUGUGAAAGCAGAGGGCGGUGAGAUCUCAUUGUCCAUUGCCUGGCCCAAGCCAGCACAGGAUUUGGGGAGAGGAGCGCAGGGGAGGGAGAUGGCCUAGGUGGACAUCAGGGUGGAGUGGACAUGGCAUCUCGCUCCGGCAGCAAGCGAAAGCUCCCCCACCGUGGCUUUGACCUCCUGGAGGGGUGAGUGCUGAUGCUCCCUCUGACAUGGCACAGAACUCUAGACCGACUACCACAUGCAAAAAAAAAAAAAAAAAAAAAAGCAAACCCCAACCAAACUAACCCCAAAACCAUAAUUUAUGGCAUCAAGAUCCAAAGGGGGGAAUAAAAAGACAGGCCUGAUGCAGGAAGGGGUGUGCUUUGGCUCCCAGCCCUGGCUCCAGGCUGGCUUGUACUCUGAGGAACCAGCAGCCACCAGAAAGCGCCCUGCUGCACCUCUGCCCACCCUGCUGCCCACGCUGGAGCGAGACCCCUCGCAGGGCGGAGGGGAACGGGCCCUUUGGGAGCAUCAUGUAACUGCCCGUGCCUCGAGGUCUGGGGCAUCCAGGCAUGUGGAGCUGAGCGGCAGACCAUGCUCCGACUGUUACUCUGUUCUCACUGCUGGGAAUGGCACCGCCUCCAGAGGAUCCCAGGCUCGGCUCCUUAGGAAGCUUCGGCACGCCAGCUCUGAGAAUCAGCAUCCCCUAGCUGCUCCGCCAAGGGAAAUGUUAUGCUCAUGGAUGCAAUCUCGUCAACUCCCUCAAAAGCCAAGCUAACAAGCAAAUUGACCUCCACCGCAGUGGGAGAGGAGCCUUCUCCCACAGGACUGUAGCCUUUCUGCACGCAAGGGAAAAGAGGUCCCAAGGACAGAACUGAACCUGCAAGACCCAUGGCCUCAUGGCCUCUCCUUCCUCCUUCCCUCCUCACCUUGUCUGUCUGUCUUGGGCGAGGGACAGUUUCUUUGUGGAGUUCAGCAAGCUCCUCUUCCUGCAGCUCAUAACCAGGCUCUACUAACAGGUACAUCAUCCACCUAUGCAACACUUCCAGAAGCUGCCAAGUUUUCAGGAGCCCAUUACAAUGUGCGGUGUGGCCAUCCAGCACUGAGAAUAAGCACAGCGGCUGCUGGAAAGCUAAGUGGGUUUUAUUCCUCCCCUCCUCUCAAGGAAGACUGUUUUUGUUGGGGCUUUUUGCUUGUUUGUUUGUUUUUUUGUAAAAUUCAUUUGGGGAAGUGAAGCUUGUGAGAAAUUGGUGCCCAUCCUGAACCCUCCCCAGUCCUUUGAACUCCGGGAACGGAUGGAUCACCUACUGUGAUUAUAAUUUAGCGGACUUUGUAGAGCAAAGUAACUUCACACGUAGACACACGAGGUUCUUUCACUCUCCAUCAGCACAAGCUGCUUCUGCAAUCUUAGCUACUCACAUUAGCGAAAGAAAAAGCCUAGCUAGAAUGUGGUGAGAUGACUUAGUAUUUUCUAUCAGUCCCAUGGUCCCAAUGUCCAUUAGCGGCACCAUCAGCUGCCAUGCCAUGAAUUCGGACUUUGGAUGGCAGCCCACAAACUGGUCAGGGUGAGACGGUUUGGAAAAACCCAAGCCCGAGUCUCUACGCAUCUCCAGAAGCAGAUGCAGAGAGAGGAUCAGCUGAAAGCAGAUGUCACCUCCUGCUCAGCCCAGCCCGAAGCUGGUGGGCUCUGUGCAUGCUGCACCUGCCCUCCCCGGGAGAGCCUGUCCCCAGGCGCCGAGCAGAGGGGGAUGAAAGUAAUGGCGUGUCUGACGAAGCAGCAUGCACGGCACCGUUCAGCCGGCUGGGGAAAAAGCGGUGACAACUAGAUCCCAAAAUAACAGGAUUUCACUUUGGAAAUGCCAACGGCUUUUUCAAACUGAAAUGAGACUAAAAGGCCUUAACAGUUGUGAGAAGUGUUUCAGGUUGCUGUUCCUUGCUUAAAAAAUUUAAUUUUUGUCGAUGAGGUGGGUUUAAACAUUCCAUUUCAGCCAGCUCUGUUAGAAAUGUGGGUGAAGAAGAAAUGCUCAAGGCAGAUUCGGAUGGUGACCCUGUGGCUUCGCAGUGGGGUAGGCUGAUCAGGAAUGGAGGCUGGAGUUUAAAGUCUUCCUCUGCCCCUGGAGGUGUGACCUGGCCGUCCACCCAAGUGUGUGUGUGUGGCAGGGCGUGCUUGUGUGCACAGCCGGGACCCGCAGCCCCGCAGAGGGUUGGUGUGUUUGUGGCUUUGGUCUGGUGUCACCCAUCCGUCCCUGCAGCAAGAGCUUUGCAGGGUGACAGAGCAUUGCUUGUUCCUCGGAGAGGAAACUCCUGACCUGGUUUUUGUGAGGAGAUGGUGUGAAGUGUCACAUUUGCUGCAGCGAGUGGCAGGGAGCAGGAAUAAAAGCAUGGAGCAAGCUGUGUUUGAGAACAAGCUAAUCCCUUGCUGGCUGCCUGAAACGGAAGAACUGCUGGAUCUGCUCCCUGGCCAACAGUCUCCAGCUCUUCUCACCCUCCCCAAACCUGAUGUGCAAACUGUCACUCCUCUGAGCUAGCCAAAGCACCCCCUUCCCCUGAACUCCUCUGAGGCCGUGCGUUCACAUCAUUUCGGUCCUCUCCCUGCUAGGUGCUGUGAGCUGGCUGUGAAACGCCAGCGGACGAGUGAUGACCUCAGGCAUGCUGGUGGCCAGACCUCCCCAUAACCUGCUGGUUUGCCUGCACACAGCCUUCCAACAACACUCCCUGCCCUGGCGUGCCUUGUGCUUGCUUGGUGGAGAGUCAGCACAGCCCGCAGAGCACUGCAGCACAUCCUGGCCUCACUUUUGCAUCACUUUGUGCUUUCCCAGAGAAUUUCACAGCACUUCUCUGAGCCUUCGUAGACAGGGUAAGUUCAACAGACCAAAGUUAGAAAUUUGGUGGUCCUGAUCUCCAGACCCCGGUGCUGUUCCUGGGGAGGAGAGGCCGGUCGGCUGUUGUGGCAGUGUGGGACUGGGGGAUGGUGUCACCGGUGAAAGCAGCAUGUCUGCUGGCGGAGUCUCCGAAUAUUGGCUCUGUGCUUCUCCGCCGGGACCGAGGGCAGCUUUGCUGAGGGCUGAGCAAGGCGCAGCUGAUGGAGGAACUAGCUGAGGAGGGCAGAAUAGUGUGUGAGUGCUCGGCAAGACGUGUGGAGAGGAGGGGCUGUAGGAGAACAGCUGUUAAAAGGCUUCGCAGAUGCAGUGGUUUUUACGCGAGACACAAGGCAAGACAGGGCAGGAGGCUCCUGUGCUGGAGCAGGAGGGAGCGGGGCAUUGGAUGGAGAAGCCCGGGAACAAAGUGGGCUUUCAAAGCAGGCUGUGCAUGCUCUGGCCGAGGAGACAGGCAGGAGGUGUUUCCAAGCUGAGGUGCCCAGGCCAAGCCUCGCUGCGUUGUCAGAGCAGCGAUGUUGCCUCCAAGCCCAGCACUGACAGCUCAAGCACGUGUCACCAAACCGCAAUGGCUAAUGCAGCCACAAGGUGUAAAUGUCACUAAUGAAUAAAUUGCCUUGUGCCUUGGAGAGGCUAAUCCAUCACGGCCGGGGACAGGGAUCUGACAGGCUCAGCUAUUUCAGGCACAGCCCGUAGGGAGGAGGAACGCUUCAUUUCUGAGCCGUCACCUCCGCCUAGGGAAGCCGAUGCAGGGCUUGGCUCUGCGCUGCUCCACAGCUUCCCAGCUGCAUGAGCUCAGGCUUCAUCCUUCUUCGCUGUGACCAAAGAAAGAAGCAGGAGACGGUCUAGGUUAGCCAAAAGUGCCCUGUCCGCAGGGCAGUGCAUGGGUCUCGGCUGGGGCUACCUGUUUGAGGGUGUUUGGAGGGAGGCUGCUGCACACAGGACAUGGGUGGUGUAGGUGCUGAUGGGAUAAGGCGGUGAGUUCCCAGUGAUCAGGAGAGCUUGCAUUGGAUGUCUGGAGUGUAGGGCUGUGGCCUGCACUGUAUGUGGUUCAGGCCAGUAGUGCUUGGCGCCAUGUUUUAGAAAUGUGCUGUUUACUCACCAGUUCAGUUUCAUAGUUUGCCCCUAUGAGAUUUGACCUGGAAAUGCUCCGAGGCUGCCCCAGCCCAAGCCCUCACCCACUCUGGAGACACGGCUCUACUAUGCUAUCUUGGGGGGCAGUGCACAGGUCCCCCCAUAUCCCCCCCUGCUGUUGAACCCCAGCCACCAGCACCUCGGCUGGCUGUGCCAGGAGCCAGCAGGUACCCGGCAGGCAGGGACAGAAGCUCAGCAUGGACAAAUCCAGCCCCAUUGGCGCAAAGGGAGCCUGAAUGCAGCAACCAUUAUCAUGCACAGCCUCUGCCCAUCCCCACGGCAGCCUGCUCCUCCACCCCCAGUCGGUGCUCAAAAUCAACCUGCCAUCCUGUUUACGACAUAUGCCAGUGUGACACCUUGCAAAUCGAUGCCUGGGUCGCUGUGAGCAGAAGCCGCCAGGCUUGGGAAGCCGGCCACCGGCUCCUGCCACCACCUGCGCUGUGCUCAGCGCAGCAGAAGCAGGGCUUGCCAUCUGCUGCGGGAGGGAGCCAGCCAGGCGCCCCUGUGCCGGCCCGAUGGGGCACCCGCUGGUGUAGUUGCAGUGAAAGCCCUUGUGUCAUUCCCGCUCCUUUACUACCUAGCCACCCCCCCACCCCCCGUCUCCCCCCAUCACUCUGGCACAGACCCACGGGUGGGGGGAUGCUCCCAGCUUGUCUGGGAUCCCUCUGCUGCUGAGUGCCACCGAGUGCUGCUCACGCUGCCUCGGCGGAUGGCUGUGGCAGGGGAGACCAGCUCCCAAGCAAGGUGCUGGAGGUUGUUCCCUCCUCCAGACAGAGGCCCACAGCUGACCUCCCCUCCUCAAACCCCGCAGCACUCCUUGGGUAUGGAUCUCACAAGAAAGAGAAGGGGUCUGUACUGGCCCAGUGUUGGCACGUGCCCUUCCCAGCACAGAGUGACCUGCUAGUUAUGGCUCUGCAAGGCAGUCCCACACCUCGGUAACCAGACCUGAAGGUGACAAGUGAUCCAUCAACGAUGGAAGUGUUCACUCUCAAUCUGCUGUUGCUUUCAUUUUUACUAACAUGUAUGGCAUUUGAAAUGGUUUCAGCCCUUGCAAACUGGCAUAUAGUGGACUGUUGGUCUUGGGUGUGGGCGAGUGGCGCAGGCUGCUUGGUUUGGGCUUUGCUUUUUGGCCAAGAGACUGAUGGGAGGGAAGGCAAAGGGUUCUCCAGGCAGCAGCUACCUGUCCAGGUGUUCCUACGUGUGGUAGCCCAGGAGUGGGUUUGGAGGGUGCUCACGUAGUGUUAGCAGUCUCGGCCAUUUGCAGGAAGAGGAGCUGUGAGUAUCCUGGAAAGCAAGUCUGAGGAUGUUCUGGGGAUGAUAUGUUUUCCCAAGCCGUUUUCUUCCCAUCCCUGUUCCUCACCGGCUCUGGUGGCCAGUUCCUCCUCAUGUGUCUGCUAGCAUGUCUGAGGGAUCUCAUGGCUGCCCUCCCAGCACGAGCUGUCAUUGCACAACUGGCUGACCAGACGCAGCCCUGUACUUGGAGCUACAGGCAGGCUUCCCCAGGACCAGGCCACCUCCAUUAAGCCCCCACCCCACUCGCUGCCGGAGAUGUUCCUUCAUCAGCCUAACGCUGAUCUGGGUCUUUUCUGCUGUUUCUGAACACGAGUUCUCAUCUCAUUCAGGUGUGUCAUUCAGUGGAAAUAUUUUGUAAAUGCAAAUAAAAAGAAAUAAA